UAGCACAUCACGCAUCGCGGCAUCGGUUUGGUUACUGCCAAACAAAAUAGAGAACGAGGAGAUGAAAUGGAGGUUAGGGCGAUAAAGAAGCUGACGAAAAAUUGGCGAAGAAAGUCCGGCGAUGACAAGUUCUCUCUCCCAACGCGAGAUGAAGAUUCUCGUCCCAUGGAUUCCCAAGAACAGGAGGAGUUCGUUCGAUCACUUGAGAGGGAACAAGCUCAGCACAGUCGCUUAUGGAGGAGUGUAUUCGCCACAUUUCUUUUCUGCUAUGAUGCGUUUGUUGUGUACUCCAUGAUUCAACAGGCAACAUCUCCAUGGGAACUGCGUUAUCAUGCUUACUUCAUGGAGGACAUCGCCUCAUGGAUGGUUAUAGCUGCAGAUUUGGUAGCUGUUUCGGCAUGCACAAUGGCUAUCAUAGGGCUGCUGCAGGGGUCAAGGUAUCACAGGCGAUGGAUUUGGUACUCCUUUUCUGUUGGCCUUGUACUGGCAGUAUUCUGGUCACAUUACCUGCUGAGAUUGCCAAAAUUCCGCUGGGAUGUGAUUUGGCUUCCUUUUGGGCCUCUCGGCGGAGCUGGAAUAACUCUCUACGUGGAUCAUCUUCUAUCUGAGUCAUCGGAAGAAGUGAGAAAACUUCGAAGUUACAUGUAUGCUUACAAAGGCAGCUAAAUUGUCAUUUUCGUUUCUGGCUAUUUUCCACUCUGAUUGGCACUGGUAUUGGCUAUUCUGAUUUUCUUAUGGUCCUUUGUCUCUUUGAAAGGUUUUGAUGGGCUGGGUACUCUUACAGCCCAAAUAACUGUUAUAAUUAGGAUGAAUGGGCUAGAAAACUGAGAUUCGGCCCAUCUAACACAAAGUCCAAUGCAUAAGACAAUGUGUGGGGCCGCAU